GGCCGGCGCUCCUCCCCUCGCCGCCCGUCCGCCCCUCUCGCCUUCUUUUAUUCCCCACCCGGCCUCCUCUCCUCGCCCUUGCCUCGCCCGCCGCCCCACAUCUAUCCACCCGUCCGUCCGUCCGUCUCCACGCGCAACCGCGAGAGAGAGACAGAGAGAGAGAGAGGGCUAGGUCGUCGUCGUGAGGCGUAGAGAUCUGGGAGGAGGAGCAGGAGGAGGAGCGAUGGACGGGAAGCUGCCGCCGCCGAACCCGAACCUGCCGUACCGGGAGGACUGCUGGAGCGAGGGCGAGACGGCGGCGCUCGUCGACGCCUGGGGCUCGCGCUACCUCGACCUCAACCGCGGCAGCCUCCGCCAGCCGCAGUGGCGGGAGGUCGCCGAGGCCGUCAACUCCCGCCCGGGGGCCUCCGCGCGCCGCCGACCGCCGCGCACCGACAUCCAGUGCAAGAACCGCGUCGACACGCUCAAGAAGAAGUACAAGGCCGAGCGCGCCCGCGGCGGGUCCUCGCCGUGGGCCUUCUACGGCCAACUCGACCUCCUCGUCGGGCCAACGCUCUCCGGCGCCGCCGCCGGCGGCGGCGGCGGCAAGAAGCCGUCCCCGCCGCGCGCCGCGCUGCCCGUGUUCAGGAGGCGCCGGUCGCCGUCGCGCUCCCCGUCGCCGCAAUCGCCACCGCCGCUUCCCAUGGCGCUCCCCCUCACCAAUUACCACCGCGGCUCCAAUCUCCCCUCGGCGAACCUCAUCCACAAGGCGGCCGCGGCAGCCGCCGCCGCUGCCACGGAGUCUGAAUCAGAAGACGGCUACAACAACGACUACGACGAUGAUGACGGCUAUCAGCAGUCGCCGUCGCGCUCUGUAUCUUCACGCUCCGGUGGUGGUGCCACUGCCGCCGCUCCUGCUGUCGGCAGCAAGAGGAAGAUGAGCAGCGGGAGUGGUGGGUUCGGGGAGCUAGCGAGGGCAAUUGAGACAUUUGCGGAUAUGUACGAGCGCAUGGAGGCCGCGAAGCAGAGGCAUGCGGAGGAGAUGGAGAGGCAGCGGAUCAAGUUCCUCAAGGAUCUGGAGCUCAAGCGUAUGCAGGCUUUUGUGGACAUGCAGCUGCAGCUUGCAAGGGCAAAGCACGCCAGGAAGGGUGACGCUUCAUCGGAGAUGCUAAUGUCUCUAGCGGCACUGCCGUUCCUCAGCAGCCCUUCUUACCUCUGAAUUGAAGAAAGAGUUAGAUUGUUAGGAGCCAAGCUAACGAGAUGAUAUCGUCCUUCGAUGAAGAUCCACUAGGUUCAUUGGUAGCAGUUUGGUAUAUAGACGGCCUGAAGUUGGUAGUGCGAAACAGAGCAAGCUUGCUAAUAGCGCGAUACCCUGUUCUCGCCAAUCCAUCCCGAAGUGUGGACGACAGAUCUAAUUCCUUUCCCUUGCCUUUUAUAGUUUUGAUGAGUCGCUGAACGGAGUCAUGUAAACUAAGCCCUUUUAUCUUUUGGUUUCUUUUGCGGUUCUCAUGAGUUUUGUAACUAAACUUUAAAUGGAGCAGUUCAAUUCUAAAUUUUACCCCAUGUCAUGGAUUCACUGAUUGAAUUAUUGGCAUACGGCUUUGACCAA